UUACCGGGUGAGGAAAGUCAACAUAAUUGUUAACCUUUCUAUCCACUUAUGGCCAUUUAUUACUCGUCACAAUCAGGAACCAAUUUUGCUGGAUACUCACCUUAUCCACAAUCGUAUGGGCAACAAAAUCCACCUCGAUUCGGACAAAGUGGUCAUCCUCCUCCUCCACCGCCGCCGAUGGCACAACAACCUGUUGAAGGUGAUUGGAUGACCACUCCAAUGACCAGUGGCUGUCCACCAGGAUUAGAGUAUUUGUCUCAAAUUGACCAGUUACUUGUUCAUCAAAAGAUUGAGCUUUUUGAAGCUUUUUCCAGUUUCGAGACUAAAAAUAAAUAUAAUGUCAAAAACAGUCUGGGACAAAAAGUUUACAUCGCUAAAGAGGAAAAUGAUUGUUGUACUCGAAAUUGUUGUGGAACAAUUAGACCUUUCGAAAUGAAAAUAUAUGAUUAUCAGGAGAAAGAAGUUCUCAAUCUUCACCGGCCAUUACGAUGUCAAUCAUGUUGGUACCCAUGUUGUUUACAGAGAUUAGAGGUGACAGCUUCGGGAUCGAUUUGUGGUCACAUUGAGCAAAUUUGGUCACUUUGCGUUCCAAAGUUUAUUGUCUGCGAUGCAACGGGUGACAUUGUCCUACGAAUCGAAGGGCCUUUUUGUACCUUUGCCUUAUGUCGAGAUGUCCAAUUUAAAGUACUUCUUAGAGACGGAAUGACUCAAGUUGGUCGAAUCACAAAACAAUGGAUUGGCCUUACUCGUGAAGCAUUUACGGACGCAGAUCACUUUGGUAUCUCAUUCCCGAUAGAUUUAGAUGUUAAUAUAAAAGCAGUUCUACUCGGAGCUUGUUUCUUAAUUGACUUCAUGUAUUUUGAAAAAUCUGGUAAAAAAUAUUAAUUGUUAUCAUCUCUUUAUUUGCCUUCGGUAAUUAGUGUAAUUACACUGAUUUACACUGAUAAUUUAAAUAAAUGGAGAUUCAUUUGCAUAAUUAAUACGCAAUUUAGAUAUUUC